CUUGCCUCCCACUUUACUGGUACUUAAUUUGAAUGUUUUUAGGUGUAUAUACUCUGUAUUUCUAUCUGGGGACAUGAGGGAAUCAAGACAAUAGGGCUGUCUGAUGCAGGAAAAUUAACUUGUUAAUUAGUUUGUUAAAAUUACUUUCUUGUGAGUAUGCCAUGAUUUGGAAAACUGUUAAUUUUAAUUGCUGAAUAUAAGUGCCUAUCUAAAGAGAAAUGAUUCUUGUAGAAUAAACUCACUUUUCAUCCAGAAGAAAGUGUACAGACUGAUAACUCCUGUGGAAUUGUGUAUCAUGGAAUGACCAUAAAAUCACAGAAUCAUUAUGGUUUGGAAAGACUUCAUCUGAUCCAACCAUGCAUCCACCACCAAUACUGUCCACUAAACCAUGUCCCUGAGUGCUACAUCCACCCUUUCCUUAAACACCUUUGUGGACUGCGACUCCACUGUUUCUCUGGGCAACCUGCUGCAAUGCCUAAUUGCUCUUUCUGAGAAGAAAUUCUUCUUAAUAUCCAACUUGAAAUUCUAUGAUACUCAAAUCAGUCUUCUGAAGUACAUAAAACAGCUGUAUAUGAAUGACCUGAUGAAAAGAAAUAUCAACAGAAGUUGCCGUGAUGCAAGAAGGAUCUACAGAGGAGCUUCACAGGGACCUCCUAUGUGAGAGCAAACUAAGUGAGCACACGAGAGCACUGGUUAAAAGCAGAAGGACAGUGGUGACAGGAGGUGGAGGCUACCUGGGAUACAAUCUGGGAUGUGCUCUUGUCAAGGCAGGAGUUGCUGUUGUUCUGUUUGAUGUACGAGAACCCAAGUGGGAAAUUCCAAAUGGUGCAGACUUUUUCAAGGGUGAUGUGAGGGAUUACGAAGCAGUGCUCAAAGCAUGUGAAGGGGCUGACUGUGUUUUUCAUGUGGCUGCUUGUGGAAUGUCAGGAUUAGAACAACUUCAAAAGAAAGAGCAGAUUGAAUCCAUAAAUGUUGGUGGCACUGAAGUCAUAAUUGAUGUCUGCAAACAAAGAAAUAUCCCUAGACUGAUAUAUACCAGUACAGUGAACGUGGUAUUUGGAGGGAAUCCUAUUGAAGAAGGAGAUGAAGAAACUGUGCCGUAUUUUCCGCUGGAAAAGCAUUUUAAUCAUUACUCUAGAACGAAGGCAAUUGCAGACCAAAUGGUUCUUGCUGCUAAUGGGACUUUGCUAAAAGGAGGCGCCGAGCUCCGCACCUGCGUGCUGCGUCCGCCAGGCAUCUAUGGCCCCGGGGAGCAGCGCCACCUGCCGCGGGUAGCCGUAAAUAUCCAGCGGAGACUAUUUAACUUCAAGUUUGGGAAUCACAAAGUUCUGAUGAACUGGGUUCACAUAGGAAACCUGGUACAAGCUCAUUUACUAGCUGCUGAGGCUCUCACCUCUGAGAAGGAUUAUGUAGCUAGUGGACAGGCAUAUUACAUACAUGAUGGUGAAAACGUCGUAUUUUCUGAAUGGAUUGUUCCAUUGUUUGAAAAAUUAGGAUACAGUAAACCCUGGAUACAAAUUCCUAUUCUCCUGGUUCAUAUAGCAGCCGCUGUGAUGGAGUAUCUGCAUCUGGCAUUAAAGCCAUUCUUUAGCUUCACACCUUUCUUGACAAGGAAUGAGGUCUGGAACGUUACUGUAACUCACACUUUCCGAAUAGACAAGGCACGAAAUCAACUUGGUUACAAACCAAAGAAAUUCUCAUUUGCAGAUUCUGUGGAUCAUUAUCUUAAAACAAGACCUGUUUGCCAGGAAGGUCACACGUUCCUUAAAAAGCUCUUUGUUUUUGGUCUUUUGUUAAGCUUGAUCAUUCUUUCCUUCUUCUAACAUCAAACAGCUAUCCACCUGUUCCUGAAAAACUAGUUCUGUUUCUGGGGAUGAAUGACCUGCUCGUUCUGUAUUCCUUAGUCGCUGUGAAAGUUCUUGUUCUUAUUCAUUAUUCUUCUCAUUGUGAUGACUUCUCCCUGGUCUUACCCAAAAUAAAAAAAGUGAAAACAAAGCGCAUCAGGAAAUGUUCCAAAGGACAAUGCAGUGACACAGAAUCAAAGGAACUCACCACUGAUGGGUGAAGGAAGGGUUUGAAUGCACUGGAUCACUACUGGAUCACGUCAUACUGAGAAUGAUUUUCUAAAAGCAAUCAUCCAGAAAGGUGAGGAUUUGGAAGAGGAGGAGCCGUCAUAGAAGCGCAGUGCUGUAACAAAACCAGUGGCUCCAAUGAAGAGAAGUCUGUCUCAACGAUUGCUCUGAUGAAGCUGCUACUACAGCUACUGCAUGUUAGUGCCAGGAAUUACGAAGACCUGGGAAAUAUUACAAAAAUAAGUGAAAAUGUAUAAAUGACAGGUGCUAAAGGACAAAAGUCGUAUUUAUGUGAAACAGUUCUGUUGUUCAAAAGCAGUGUAAAAGCUGUAAUAAAAUGUAUAUAUAAAAUAAUUUUUAGAUGCAAUAAUAAAUCUCAACUGAACCAAAUACUGCUUUUAAGGAGUCUGUAGAAAGGGAGGGGGAUGGCAGGUAACUGGAAUUUAGGAAGGAGCUACUGCUGUCUCUGAGUGCAGCCAGGUCUGCAAUGCUGCCUUGUGCUGGGAUGUUGUCAUUCAGUGAACUGCUGUUGUGGUGUCAGCAGGCAGACCAAGAGCUCAGCCCUGAGUUUGGGUCCAACCUCUGCCUUUCUCCUUAAGAUUUCCUUAAGGUCCUUAAGAUCUCCUUAAGAUCUCCUUAACAUUAAGAGUUGCUUGCAGGCUGGACUGUGCUACAUAAGGUCCAUGUGUUCUACAUGUAUACAUGUAAUGUGUUUCCCAGAUGAAUUUUCAUGAGGUCACUCUGGAUCAGGAGAGGCACCCUUGCCAGGGUGAGUCACAGAGGAGAGUGAUGGAAAAGCUCUGCCGCCUGAAUAUCUGCACUCUGUAUUUGUCUUCCCUUUGCAUUAGCAUUCUGUAGGAGUUUUAAGACUGAGAAGUUCAUGGAAACUCUCUCAUUGUAUCUUUAAAUCUGCAGGGUACGCAGGAGUGCUAACAGCAUCCCUACCAUAAACUGUUCCUAUCUUGAAUGAUACCCAGUGACAGGAAAACAUGAGCAACCACAAGUUAACUCUGCAAUGCAUGAAGUGGAAAGGAACUCAGUAUGUGAGAGAUCUGUAAUGAAAUGUGGAUAAGCCCAGUUACAUAUGAAGCAAUGCAGCUGGCUGACAGGCAAGUGCUGUGGCAGGUACUGCAUAAACCUUGCUUCCUUUGAAAUGCAGAAUAAAACCCACAUGUAUAAAGUUACUUCACAGCGAGAGCGUUUUAACUACAUGCAAACAUAUUUAAUUUGCCUUUAAACUAGUUAUUUAUGAAUCUUGCAUAUAUCAGUUUUAUUAGACUGAUGGCUCAGGACUGCAUCCCAGGUGACACCGACACUGCAGAGCAGAGCUCAGACAGCUGGCUGAAGCCCAGUGAGAGGAGCUUCCAUGGGCUCUUGGUUUUUGGUGUUCCUCAGCAAGGAGUAACCACGAAACUUGCUGGCUCUGUGGCUGCAGUUUGUGGGGAACCCUGCUGUUCUGCUCCUGGGAUGCCAAACCUCUGAGCUGCUACUUCAGGUGUCGCCGAUGCUGUGCGUCUCUCCGGGCCAUGUCCCAGCAAUGACUCUCCGGACAUUGACCGAGAGAUGCCGUUUUAUUCCCGAGCAUCCCGUCCAGCAGGUAG